CCCUACCCCGCCAUGGCCCCCGUGGUCUUCUUCUACCUGAAACAGACCACCCGGCCUCGGAGCUGGUGUCUUAAGAUGGUCAGCAAUCCGUGGUUCGAGCGAGCAUCCAUGCUGGUGAUUCUGCUGAACUGUGUGACCCUGGGCAUGUUUCAUCCCUGCGAGGACAUCGUCUGCGACUCUGAGAGGUGCAAGAUCCUGCAGAACUUCGAUGACUUCAUAUUUGCCUUCUUUGCCAUUGAGAUGGUGAUCAAGAUGGUGGCUCUGGGGAUUUUCGGCAAGAAGUGUUACCUUGGAGACACUUGGAACCGCUUGGACUUCUUCAUAGUAUUGGCUGGGAUGUUGGAGUACUCCCUCAACUUGCAGAACGUCAGUUUUUCAGCGGUGAGGACGGUUCGCGUGCUGAGACCACUGAGAGCCAUCAACCGAGUGCCAAGUAUGCGUAUCCUGGUGACCCUGCUGCUGGACACCUUGCCCAUGCUGGGUAACGUGCUGCUGCUCUGCUUCUUUGUCUUCUUCAUAUUUGGCAUCGUGGGCGUCCAGCUGUGGAACGGCUUGCUCAGAAACCGCUGCUUCCUGGGCAACUUCUCCAUCCCUCUCUCUGUGGAGCUCGAGAAAUACUACCACACUGAAAACGACGACGAGAGCCCCUUCAUCUGCUCCAAGCCCCGAGAGAACGGCAUGAGGGACUGCGGCUCGGUGCCCAAGGUGUACAAGGAAGGGGGCCUGCAGUGCACCCUGGGCUUGGAUUAUUACAACAGCACUGACAACAACACCUGCAUCAACUGGAACCAGUACUACACCAACUGCUCUGCUGGUCUGGUCAACCCCUUCAAGGGAGCCAUCAACUUCGACAACAUCUGCUACGCCUGGAUUGCCAUCUUUCAGGUGAUCACUCUGGAAGGCUGGGUGGACAUCAUGUACUUUGUGAUGGAUGCUCACUCCUUCUACAACUUCAUCUACUUCAUCCUACUCAUCAUUAUUGGCUCGUUCUUCAUGAUCAACCUGUGCCUGGUGGUCAUCGCCACUCAGUUCUCCGAGACCAAGCAGAGGGAGAGUCAGCUGAUGAAGGAGCAACGGGUGCGCUUCAUGUCCAACGCUAGCACCCUGGCCUCCCUCUCCGAGCCGGGCUCCUGCUACGACGAGCUGCUCAAGUACCUGGUUCACAUCGUCCGCAAGGGGGCCAGACAAGUGGCCCAUGUCUGCAGGUUCCUGGCUCGCCGCGCUGGGCUUAACAUCGCCGCCUCGCCCCCCGCGACGGAGCCCCAACGCAGCCAGAGAAGGAGGAGGAAGCCCUCCAGGCAGGGAUCUGUGUCGGUUCAUCACAUGGCACACCAUCACCACCACCACUACCACCUGGGUAAUGGCAGCUUGAGGGGAGGAGGGGGCGUCAGGUGUCUGGAGGCAACCACCGGCGCCGGGCAUCUCGCUUUGGCCCCGCCACUUUCAGUGCCGGCAGCCACCUCCAAUACAAACCUGGCAACGUUGUCCAAUCCUGCCGGGGAAGCUGCAGAUUUCUCUUCAGUUUGCAGUGAAUUCCACGUCACGGCUCCCACGUCCAGGGCCAUGAAGAGGAACUCGGUGCCUUUUGCGGCUCCGGGGCCUAAGAACUACCCCACUCUGCAGGCGCGAGCACUGGCAGAGUCCAGACGAGGGAGCGCUGCCGCCAGCACUCUGACUAACAUCGGCUUCAACCUGAACAUCCCGCCCAUGCCCCUGGAGAGACGGCCGUCAAGCCUGGCGGACACACACGCUCCCACAGCCCAGCUCUCCUGCCAGCUGUCGGCUCGUGACCUCAGCACCACCAGCAGCGCCAUGGACACAGCCGCUUUGACCCUGGACCCCGAGAACUGCCCCUACUGCGCCAAGGCCCUGGCCAACGAAGCCGAGGGCAACGAGACCCCCGGAGACUCGGACAGCGAGGGCGCGUACGAGUUCACCCAGGACCUCCGCCACAGGGACAGGAGAGACAGCCGGCAGCCCAAAAAGAGGCAGCGAGGGCUGGGCAAAACGUUAGCGAAGGUGGUCCGCUUCUGGAGGCUGGUGUGCGACACGUUCAGGAAGAUCGUGGACAGCAAGUACUUUGGACAAGGGAUUAUGAUCGCCAUUCUGAUCAACACUCUGAGCAUGGGGAUCGAGUACCACGAGCAGCCUGACGAGUUGACCAAUGCGUUGGAGAUCAGUAACAUUGUGUUCACCAGCCUGUUCUCGCUGGAGAUGCUGUUAAAGGUUUUGGUCUACGGGCCCUUUGGCUACAUCAAGAAUCCCUACAAUAUCUUUGACGGCAUCAUCGUGGUGAUCAGUGUGUGGGAGAUCGUGGGUCAGCAGGGUGGCGGUCUGUCGGUGCUCAGGACCUUCCGGCUGAUGCGGGUGCUGAAGCUGGUCCGUUUCAUGCCGGCCCUGCAGAGGCAGCUGGUGGUGCUGAUGAAGACCAUGGACAACGUGGCCACCUUCUGCAUGCUGCUCAUGCUCUUUAUCUUCAUAUUCAGUAUCCUGGGGAUGCAUCUGUUUGGUUGUAAGUUUGGAUGCGAGGCCGAUGGAGACACUCUGCCAGACAGAAAGAACUUUGACUCUCUUCUCUGGGCUAUAGUGACAGUCUUCCAGAUCCUAACCCAGGAGGACUGGAACAAGGUGUUAUAUAACGGUAUGGCCUCCACCACUCCUGUCGCCGCCCUCUACUUCAUCGCGCUCAUGACCUUCGGCAACUACGUCCUCUUCAACUUGCUGGUGGCCAUCUUGGUCGAGGGUUUCCAGACCGAGGGUGAUGCUUCCAAAUCAGGUUCGGAGAUCGACUCCUGUGCACGGAGUAUGGAGGACGUUAACGGCAGCAAGAAGGAUUUAUCGGCCUCUGCAGUGCCUGUAAAUGGUCAUGUGGACCUGAAGACCAGCCUGACUCCACCUCUAAUUACCCACACGGCUGCCACCCCCAUGCCCGUACCCAAGUUGCCCGUCGGAGGCGACCCCCUCCUGGGCUACGAGUCCCAUCGAGGCAGCAACGUCUCCAUGGACCCAGCCUGCUACGACAAAUCACCGACCAGUGCUCCGAGCUCCUCCCCCCACGCCCCAUGGGGCUCUGGCAGCGGUUGGACCAGCCGCCGGUCCAGCUGGAACAGCCUUGGUCGCGCCCCGUCACUCAAACGCCAGAAGCGGCAGUCCGGGGAGCGGCGGUCUCUCCUCUCCGGGGAGGGGGGCUCCAGCUCGGAAGACGAGGGAGGUGGAGGAGAGGGAGAAGGCGGGCUGAUGGAGGAAGACGACACCUCUCUGGUCAGGACCGACUCCAUGUCCCAGUCGCAGAGAGGGCCCAGACACCGGAGGAUGGAGUCGGUGGAGACUCGGAGCUCCAUGGAUUUGCCCCAUGAUGCUCUGCUGCAGGUGCCAUACCUGUACCGCUCAGCCAGCAUGCACAGCUCCAGACCCCCCUCACUGGGCCAGUUACGGCCCCCAGAGCACAGCGACUGCAAUGGGAAGGGCUCUCCGUCAGCCUUGGGCCCCACACACGUCUCUCUGGAGGACAACACUGAAGACGAAAAUGCAGAGGAGGAGGCCAACCUGGGUCGUUUUGCCAGACUGUUCCACUGGCUGGAGAAGAAACAGCCAGAGUGGUGUCGACAGAGAGACACCUGGUCACUCUACCUCUUCCCUCCAGAGUCGAGGUUCCGGAUCCUGUGCAGUAAGAUCAUCAACCACGGGAUGUUUGACCAUAUCGUGUUGGUCAUCAUCUUCCUCAACUGCAUCACUAUCGCCAUGGAGAGGCCUCACAUUACCACCGUCGAGCGGAUCUUCCUAAAACUGUCCAACUACAUCUUCACAGCGAUCUUUGUGGCCGAGAUGACUAUAAAGAUUGUAGCUCUGGGCUGGUGUUUCGGGAACAAGGCCUACCUGAGGAGCAGCUGGAACAUUCUGGAUGGGAUGUUAGUGAUGAUCUCUGUUAUCGACAUCCUGGUGUCUCUCAUCUCCAAUUCUGGUACCAAGAUCCUGGGCAUGCUCAGAGUGCUGAGGCUGCUGCGGACCCUGAGGCCGCUACGUGUGAUCAGCAGAGCCCCGGGGCUGAAGCUGGUGGUGGAGACUCUGAUGUCGUCGCUGAAGCCCAUCGGCAACAUCGUGGUCAUCUGCUGCGCCUUCUUCAUUAUCUUUGGCAUCCUGGGAGUACAGCUCUUCAAGGGGAAGUUCUUUGUUUGCGUAGGAGACGAUGUCAAGAACAUUACCAACAAGUCGAGCUGUUUGCAGGCCAACAACAAAUGGGUCAGACACAAGUACAACUUUGACAACCUGGGACAGGCCUUGAUGUCUCUGUUUGUUCUGGCGUCCAAAGACGGCUGGGUGGAUAUUAUGUAUGACGGACUAGACGCUGUAGGAGUCGAUCAACAGCCCAUAAUGAACUACAACCCGUGGAUGCUGCUCUACUUCAUCUCCUUCCUGCUGAUCGUGGCCUUCUUUGUGCUCAACAUGUUCGUGGGCGUCGUGGUGGAGAACUUCCACAAGUGCCGGCGCCACCAGGAGGCCGAGGAGGCCAAGAUCAGGGAGGAGAAGAGACUGAAACGCAUGGAGAAAAAGAGACGGAGUAAGGAGAAGGAGCUGGCUGAAGCUCAGAGUAAGCCCUACUACUCGGAUUACUCCCCCACUCGCCUGCUCAUCCACAAGAUGUGCACCAGCCGCUACCUGGACCUGUGCAUCACCAUCAUCAUCGGGCUCAACGUCAUCACCAUGUCCAUGGAGCACUACCAGCAGCCCCAGGAGUUGGACAAGGCAUUAACGAUCUGUAACUACAUCUUCACCCUCAUCUUUGUUCUGGAGUCGGUCUUCAAGCUGGUGGCCCUCGGCUUCCGACGCUUCUUCAAGGACAAGUGGAACCAGCUGGAUCUGGCCAUCGUGCUGCUGUCCAUCAUGGGCAUCACUCUGGAGGAGAUUGAUGGCAACACACUGCCCAUUAACCCCACCAUUAUCCGCAUCAUGAGAGUGCUGAGGAUCGCACGAGUUUUGAAGCUCUUGAAGAUGGCGGUGGGGAUGAGAGCUUUGCUGGACACCGUUAUGCAAGCCCUGCCUCAGGUGGGGAAUCUGGGUCUUCUCUUUAUGCUCCUCUUCUUUAUAUUCGCAGCGCUGGGAGUGGAGCUGUUUGGUGACUUGAUCUGUGAUGAACUCCACCCAUGUGAAGGUCUGGGCCGCUAUGCUACAUUCAAAAACUUUGGGAUGGCAUUUCUGCUGCUCUUCAGAGUUUCCACUGGAGACAACUGGAACGGCAUAAUGAAGGACACGCUGAGGGACUGCGCCGCCCAGGACAGCACCACCUGCUACAACACUGUGGUCUCACCUAUCUACUUCGUCUCCUUCGUGCUGACCGCUCAGUUUGUCCUGGUCAACGUUGUCAUCGCUGUCCUGAUGAAGCACCUGGAGGAGAGCAACAAGGAAGCCAAGGAGGAGGCGGAGCUGGAGGCGGAGUUGGAGCUGGAGCGCCAGAUAGAAGGGGACAUGGCAACGCGGUCUCCCCAGCUCCAUCCUCUGGCGCUGGGCAUGGACCGGUCCAGUGCUGGGGGUUCCCCCUGGAGGUCCAGCGGAGGAGGGGACAGGGAGCAGGACAGAGACGGUCCUAUGGACUCGCCCACUGCCGAUAUAACCAGAGACUCUGUUUACAUCAGAGAAGACCCGCCUUCAUGCCUGGAGCCCCCGCUGGAGCCGGAGCAGCUGGAUCCUGGGGAGCCACUGGAGGACAACCUGCUGAGCGUCAGGAAGCCUGCGGUGGGACGCACACACUCCCUGCCCAACGACAGCUACAUGUUCGCCCCCCUGCAGCCCUCUGGCAACACGGACCCAGCUCCAGUACACCUUUUAGCACAGACACAGGGACCGCAGCACAUACUGGGCACCCACAGAGCGCAAUCAGGCUCCAGUAGCUCAAUGCGUUCACAACCAGAGGAGGGUUCCCAGCGGCUGACCCUUCCGGCAGACUGCUUCAGACCCAUUAGCCCCCACAGCCACUCCGACUCAGAGAGUAUACCACGACUACCACCUCCCAGAAGCGCACACACACUCAGCCGCACGCUCCACAGACAGGUUGCGGUGUCUACUGAUUCUCAGGAGGCCCUGUGUUCUGAGGGAGGGGAGAGCGAUGAAGGACUUGUCAAUGAAGUGUCCCUCAUUACCCACGCCGGGUUGGCUGUCGUGGCGGACGACAGCGGCGGCCCGUACCUGAGGCAACUGAAGCGGUUCCACAGCGCCGACACGCAGGGCCGCCGCGGCGCCCCCCCGCCCCGCCCCCGACCUUACUCCUGGCUGGACGACCUGCGGUGCCACUCGGUCGAGGCGUGCUCGUCGGCCGAGUCAAGCACCGCCUCAGCCUCCUCCGGCUCCGGGUCGCGGGCCGAGAGCCUGCAGACCUCCGGCCAGACCUCGCUGCCCUCGCCCCGACGGAAGAAGAAGAUGAGCCCGCCGUGCAUCUCCGUGGACCCCCCCGACGGACUGGAGCACCAGUCUGGCCUCUACUCGGGCCUCGGGGGCACGGGGCCGGGGGUGUCGGGGAUGCCCCCUGCCGUGCCCAGCCGGGACACCUGCCUGAGGAGGAGAGCGCCCUCCAGUGACUCGAAGGACUCCUUUGACCUGGGAGUCGGAGAAGGGGCGGGACAGGACGGAGACUCGCCAAACGCCAGCAACAACCCCAAGCUACUGACUCUCCCCAGAGAAGACAAGCUCUGAGCACUGAGCACUGAUCCUGUAACACACACACACACACACACACACACACACACACACACACACACACACACACACACACACACG